AUGGCAAAGCACCAUCCCGAUUUGAUCAUGUGCAGAAAACAACCAGGCAUAGCGAUUGGACGCCUGUGUGAAAAAUGUGAUGGAAAGUGUGUGGUGUGCGACUCCUACGUGAGGCCAGCUACACUUGUGCGGAUCUGUGAUGAGUGCAAUUAUGGCUCGUAUGCUGGCCGAUGCGUCAUCUGCGGUGGUGUGGGAAUUUCAGACGCCUUCUACUGCAAGGAGUGCACAGUACAAGAAAAAGAUAGAGAUGGCUGUCCAAAGAUCAUCAACUUGGGCUCUGCACGAACUGACCUCUUCUAUGAAAGGAAACGCUACGGCUUCAAAAAGCGAUAG